GCUUCAAACAGAACCAUUGUGAAUUUCGCAGAGGACGCUUCCUCGUGAAAGAUAAUGAUUUUGGUUACAUUAGCUUUGGGCCUUACCUUGGCCGGUCUGCUCUGUGUGACCAUGACCUGGAACUUCAACUACUGGCGAAAACGUAAGGUUCCGGGACCUGAGCCCAAACUUUUCACCGGCAACUAUCCCAACCUAUUCAAGAUGAAGCGGAACAUGAUCUACGACUUGAACGACAUCUAUGAGAAGUACAAAAACAAGUAUGAUGCGGUGGGUAUUUUUAGCGGGCGUGUUCCCCAACUUCUGGUCAUUAGUCCAGAGUUGGCGCAUCGUGUUUUCGUUUCGCACUUCAAAAACUUCCAUGACAAUGAGUUGUCCAAGUUUGCUGACGAGAAAACCAACUUCAUCCUGUCCAAUAACCCAUUCUUCAUCCCCGGCGAAAAGUGGAAACAACGACGGGCUGAUAUAUCUCCUGGUCUGACCAAUGGUCGGAUAAAAUCGGUCUAUCCAGUGACAAACAAGGUGUGCCAGCAAAUGAGCGAGUGGGUGAAAAGGCAAAUUCGCUUGGGUGCAGCUAAUGGCAUCAAUGCCAAGGAUUUGAGUCUCUGUUUCUCCACUGAAAUGGUCACUGAUUGUGUGCUGGGUUUGAGUGCCGACAGUUUUACGGACAAACCGUCUCCCAUUUUGGCCAACAUCAAGGACCUCUUCAACCCCCACUGGACCUUCUCAAUCCUAUUUACCCUGGUCAGCACCUUUCCGUCCCUAAGUCCUUUGAUCAAACUGCGCUUUAUAGCGCUCCAUGUGGAGCGUUUCUUCACCGACUUGAUGGGGACAGCAGUUAAGGCUCGAACAUCUCAACUGGCCACUGCCCAGUUUCAGCGCACCGACUUUUUGGAGUAUCUGAUGCAGCUGGGAAAGAAGAGGAACCUGGACACUCGACAACUGUUGGGCCACACCAUGAUCUUCCUUUUGGACGGCUUCGAAACAGUUGCUACCGUCCUAGCACACAUGAUGUUGCUUUUGGGCCGCGAUGAAGAGGUGCAGCAGCGGCUACGCGAGGAAAUCCAGGCACGUCUUCAAGAUGGCAUCAUACCUUAUGAUGAGCUAGACGAAUUGCCCUAUCUGGAUGCCUGCAUGCACGAAUCAAUCCGAUUAUUCCCACCUGGCUUUAUGUCCUCCAAACUUUGCACCGAAUCCGUGGAACUUUCGAACGGAGAUGGUCCUAAUUUCACCGUGGAAAAGGGGACCGUCGUGGUUAUACCUCACUUGUGCUACAUGAUGGACGAGGAAAAUUUCCCAUGCCCACAGACUUUUAACCCUGAACGCUUUAUGGAUCCUGAUGUCUCAAAAAAUUUACGUGAACGUGGUGUCUACAUGGGAUUUGGAUAUGGGCCACGUGUUUGCUUAGGUAUGCGCUUUGCAACAACCCAAGUUAAGGCUUCAAUCGUGGAACUGAUCAGCAAGUUCAAUAUUAAGGUCAAUCCAAAGACCCGCAAGGACAACUUGUACAGCCCAACCAUGAUUCUGCCUAAUCUAAAUGGGGGAAUUUGGUUGGACAUGGAGAAAAUGAUCCUUGUUACUUUGGUACUGGGCCUUAUUUUGGUCGGUCUGCUCUAUGUGACCAUGUCCUGGAACUUCAACUACUGGCGAAAACGGAAGGUGCCAGGACCCAAGCCCAAACUUUUCACCGGCAACUAUCUUAACCUGUUCAAGAUGAAGCGGAACAUGAUCUACGACUUGAACGACAUCUAUGAAGAGUACAAAAACAGGUACGAUGCUGUGGGCAUCUUUAAUGGACGGGUUCCAGAACUUCUGGUGAUAAGUCCAGAGCUGGCGCACCGAGUUUUCGUUUCUAACUUUAAAAACUUCCAUAGCAAUGAGUAUUGUAAAUAUGCUGAUGAAAAAACCAACUAUCUCAUGUCCGUUAACCCGUUCUGCAUAUCCGGCGAAAGGUGGAAGGAACGGCGGGGUGAUAUCACUCUUGGUCUGACAAACGGUCGGAUAAAAUCUGUCUAUCAAGUGACGAACAAGGUGUGCCAGCUAACGAGCGAGUGGGUGAAAAGGCAAAUUCGCUUGGGUGCAGCCGAUUGCAUCAAUGCCAAGGAUUUGAGCCUCUGUUUCACCUCCGAAGUGGUUACAGACUGUGUGCUCGGUUUGAGUGCUGAAAGUUUUACAGACAACCCGACUCCCAUUUUGGCCAACAUGAAGGAGCUUUACAACCGACACUGGACUUUCUCGAUCCUAAAAACCCUGGUCGGUACCUUUCCCUCUCUAAGUAAUUUGAUCAAGCUGCGCUUUAUACCGCUUCAUGUGGAGCGAUUCUUAGUCGGGCUAAUGGACAAGGCAGUUCAGUCUCGAAAAUCUCAACUGGCAACUGGCCAGUUUCAGCGCACCGACUUUCUGGACUACCUAAUGCAGAUCGGAGAGAAGAGGAGCCUGGACACACCUCGACUUCUGUUGGGCUUCAUCUCGGUCUUCCUUCUGGAUGGCUUCGAAACACUUGCCAGCGUCCUAGCACACAUGAUGUUGCUUUUGGGCCGCGAUGAAGAGGUGCAGCAGCGGCUACGCGAGGAAAUCCAGGCAAGUCUUCAAGAUGGCAUCAUACCUUAUGAUGAGCUAGACGAAUUGCCCUAUCUGGAUGCCUGCAUGCAUGAAACUAUACGAUUAUUCGCACCCGAUUUUUUGACCUCCAAACUUUGCACCGAAUCCGUGGAACUUUCGAACGGAGAUGGUCCUAAUUUCACCGUGGAAAAGGGGACCGUCGUAUUAAUACCUCACUUCUGCUACAUGAUGGACAAGGAAUACUUUCCAAGCCCACAGACUUUCAACCCUGAACGCUUUAUGGAUCCUGAUGUCUCAAAAAACUUACGAGAACGUGGUGUCUACAUGGGAUUUGGAGAUGGGCCACGUGCUUGCUUAGGUAUGCGCUUUGCAACAACCCAAGUUAAGGCUUUAAUCGUGGAGCUUAUCAGCAAAUUCAAUAUUAAGCUCAAUCCGAAGACCCGCAGGGACAACUUGUACGACCCAACCUCUUUUCUACCUACUCUUGAUGGAGGUAUUUGGUUGGACGUUGAGGUCCGCCAAUAAUUCCGUUAUGGGCAUAUAUUUCAUGGACUGAUUGUAGUGCUAAAAUGCUUUGGCACAUGUAAAUAUAAAAUUAAAUAAAGGAGGUCCGAUGCG